CAAAGCAUAGCCAGCAUAGAAAAACAAGAAAACAAAGAGAAUAAUGCCAAGAAAUUACACCCCUACUUGUUCUAUAAAUUUAUGGAAAACUCAUUCUUUCUAACCCUAAUUCGGUCCGAAAACUCGAACCUUUGUUGUCUCGAAAAAAAUGGCUGUCGAAAAUUCUCUUGUUGUAAUAAUAUGCUGUGUUCUUGCAGCCACUUGUUCUAACGCUGCAACUUUCUCGUCUCUCCCACGCACUCUCACCGUCUCGGCUUCUCCAAAACAUGGACAAGUUCUAAAAGCCGGAGACGAUAAAAUCUCAGUAACAUGGUCACUCAACACGAGCCUAUCGACGGGGACAGAUUCAUCUUACCAUACAGUAAAAGUCAAGCUUUGCUACGCCCCGAUUAGCCAACAAGAUCGUGCCUGGAGAAAAACCGCAGAUGAUUUAUCGAAAGACAAGACAUGCCAACACAAGAUCGUCGCCAAGCCAUACAACACUUUAGACAGCGCAUUUACAUGGACAAUACAAAGGGAUGUCCCCGGGGCGACCUAUUUCAUUAGGGCUUAUGCUUAUAAUUCCACGAGAGAUGAAGUUGCCUAUGGCCAAACGACAGAUCAAAAAAAGACGACAAAUUUGUUUUACAUUCAAGCCAUUUCCGGGCGCCAUAUGUCCCUAGAUAUUGCCUCGAUUUGUUUCUCAGCUUUCGCCGUCAUCGCGUUGUUCGGAUUCUUCUUUUUCGAAAAGAGAAAAGUUGUAAAUAAGUGAAUGUUAGUGUUCUUGUUCUUAUUUGUAUCUAGUGUGUGUUUGUUUAGUAAAAUUGCUUGAAGAAUUAUUAUUAUUAUUUUUUUAAUGUAAGUUAUAUGAAAUUG